AUGAAACAAAAGUGGUAUCAAAUUCAGAUUAUACCAAACGAUAAACAACAGGAAAAUGUUCCUUCUGAAAUGGAAAAAUCUCUCAUUGAAGAGUUAUUUGAUUUGGCGGAGAAAUAUUAUGAAAAGGAUGUCGAUAAAUAUGAAAUAAGCUAUAAAAAGAGGGAUCAUGAUAGCAGAUACUUAUUUAAAUUAUCAAAUUCGGGAACGUAUUCUGACAAAAUAUCCUCAUUGGUUUUAUUGGUUCAGAAUUCACCUUUACAUAGUCUUAAAUACCUAAGAUUGUUGAAUAAUAUGAUUAAACUACCUAAUAGAAGGAUUUCCCUGAUGGUCAUAGAAGUGAUGAGAGAAUUAUACAUAACUGAACUCUUACCUCCAAACAGAAAACUUAGAACUUUUGUUCAGCAACCUGAAUUACCAUUCCUGUACGAUUAUUAUACUAGAAAUAUCAUUGCUCAACCAACAAAUGGUAAAUCACUCGUUAAAAAAACCGUUCCAACUAAAUUGACCCAAGAAACGUUUGAAUCCCUCCUGUCGAUCCUCUAUUUCGAACAUUGUUUGAAACGCGACGUGUUUUCAUCUUUCUCGCUUAAACUCCUCACCAAUUUCUCCUCAGACCAAAUCCAAGCCUGUAAGAGUGCCGCCCUGUUAACCCUCACACAAUUAUUGGAGUACUCCCCCGAGGGCGAGCUAUCGUUUCUCAGAUGUUUGGUGGAUAAAUUGGCCGACCCCGAUACCAAAAACGGGGGCUUGGCUGCCCAAUGCAUUAGGAGGGUCGUGACCAGACAUCCCAACAUGAAACCGGCUGUUCUCAAGGAAAUAAAAACGCUCGUUUUCGCUAAACUCCUCACUAACUGGAACAAUAAACCAUCAUCUCGCGAAGAUACGCAAGGCAAGAUUAGGGAACGUGCCAUUUUACGCAUAGUGACAUUCGUCAGAUCCUCCUUCAUCAUGGCCGAUAAGGUGAAGGAUUCCAGCUUGGCAUUGGAAAUGGUCAGAAUGUUUUUCGCCAUUUUCAAGGAAUUGCUAAAAAGGGGGGAGAAAAAUUACCCGCCGAAAUUGAUGAAUUCCUUAUUUUUGGGAGUAAACAGAGCGUUUCCUUACCUAGAUCCUAACGAUUUUUCUUACGGAGAGAUCGUUCAAGAGAUUCACAUCUUUUUCGAACUAGCCAACAAAAUGGAGUUUAACAAUAGUAUAGAAAUACUCAUUUUUUUGUACCAAGUCAUAUUCUCGGAGGAAAAUGAAAGCUCACAAAUUUCCAACGAGGACCUCAAUGCCAGGUAUUACAAAUGCCUCUACAGGAAAGUGCUAGAUCCUCAAUUUAAGGUUUCCUUCAAGCAGGACAAGCUAUUUAAUCUCCUUUACAAGGCUAUCCAACGUGAUACGGAUCUUAAUAGGAUAAAGAGUUUCUUCAAAAGACUCUUAACUCUUUGUCUUUCCUCUCCGGUGCCUUUUACGUGUGGUACACUGGUUAUCCUGUACGAAGCUCUCGAAAAGCUUUCAUCCUCUCAAACUGCCUCAAUAUCGCACGAGGAUAUAUUCUUCCCUUCCCGCCGCUGCCUAACACCCGAUUCCGAUCCCGUUAACGAUGCGGCCAUCGUAGUGCCUGGAGGAGAGAAGGGCAUCAAAAAGUUUGACUUUGGCGCCAGGGAUCCUAGAUUCGCGGGGGACUUCGAAUAUUUUUACGAAUUUUAUCCGCUGAUAAAGCAUUUCCAUCCAACCGUCUCUCUCUAUGCCAAUCAACUCCUGGUCGGCAAAAAGCUUACAUACCAUGGGGACCCGAUCAGAAGUUUCUCGCUCUCAAAUUUCCUGGAAAAUUUUAUUCUUAAAAAUCCUAAAUCAUUAUCUACAACGAAACACGAUGACGAUGCUACUCAGGAGACCAAUGCAACCUUAGCAGAUAGAAUUAGAAUGACGAAAAAAUCUAAAAGAAUCAAAAGUUUCACAAACGCACCUCAGGCCAAAAGGAAUAAAACUUCGAAUGAAGAAGCGCGAAAACCGACCGAUAAUGAUGCAGACGAUAGAAUAAAGACGAUCUUUAAAUCGUCCUCCAGGAAAGUGAUGAGCUUUAAAAAAUUGUCGAAAAUCGAUUUCGCCGACGAUUUCGUGACAGGCAUCAAUAAAAAUAAUUCGAAAAAUAAGAACAAACGCAGGAAUAGCAAAUCGUCAGAUACCGAUUAAAAAAAAAAUUUUUUUUUUUUAAAAUUAUAUAUUUUUUUCUUGUAUGUCUACGUCACGCCUAAAGUAAAUCUUAUGACGUCAUUGGUCACGUGUAUAUUUAUAAUUAUAAGACCCAUCUUCUAAUGCAUAUAAACGCCAUUUUUUUUUCUUAAAACAAAAGAACAUAUAUAAAACAACUUAUAAU